GACAAUGAUCAAACUGUUUUACUGAAGUAAUUUCUGGGUAAAUAAAGUGCGUCUCCGGAACAAUAAUCUAGCCAAUUGCUUUGCAAGCUCCACCCACAUGACAUCACUCAGGUAUUGCAGGGUACUGCAGCGUUAUAACCCUAGGCUUAUUUUCGUUUCCAUAAUCAGGGAUUUUCCGCAGACAAGAAGUUUGGACCAAGAAUCAAAAACAGUCGAGGCAACUUUUUUUGUGCACUUGAGUCUUAAGAUUUUCAUUGCGUGUUUAGCCGUUUUCUUUUCGUCUGGAAUUCGCCUUUCUCUGUAGCAUGGCUUCUAGCAUUAAGGCGCUGCAGCAGUGGUGUAAAAUACAAUGUGAUGGUUACAGAGAUGUGGCUAUUACCAACAUGACAACUUCUUUUAGGGAUGGAUUGGCUUUCUGCGCGCUUAUCCACAAGCACAGAGCGGCGCUUAUAGAUUUUGAUUCCCUCAGUAAGGAGAAUGUGUACGAAAACAACAAUCUGGCUUUCCGUGUGGCUGAGGAGGAGCUGGGGAUCCCAGCAUUGCUGGAUGCAGAGGACAUGGUUGCAUUGAAGGUUCCAGAUAGACUCAGUAUCCUCACCUACGUAUCCCAGUAUUACAACUAUUUCCAUGGUCGCUCACCCAUUGGAGGUCUGGCUGGUAUUAAACGGCCAGCUGAGGAUUCCAAGGAAGAGCCAGCUGGCAAAAAAAAUCUUCCAGUGGUGGCAAAACAAUACCCCACUAAACCAACAACUGAGACACAGAACCCCCCUGCCACCGUCACCACUGCUUCCUCCAAACCAGCACCGGCUGCAGCAAAAGCAGCCGAACCAAAGAAAGUUUUGGUGGAAAGCACGAACAAAGCCAGCAGCCUUAGCAGUACCUGUGCUGUGUGCAAGAACCAUGUUCACUUGGUACAGCGACACCUGGUGGAUGGGAAGCUGUAUCACAGAAACUGCUUCAGGUGCAAGCAAUGCUCAAAUAUCCUCCUUUCAGGAACAUACAAACCAGGACCAGAAUCCGGAACCUUCAUCUGUACCACUCACAAGUGCAACCAAAACAAGAGUAUGCCCAGUCCUGCAGGUUUUACCUCAGGGGGGACCUACAACAACACCACUGCUGUCCCAGCAAAAACUGGACUGACCUCUGCGACUCCCAGAAACCAAAGCCCUGCUGUAACCCUCUCUACAUCGAGUGUGACAACCACCGUUAGUUAUAACAUCAAACCUAGUGUGGGGAUGACUCCAGCCAAACCAUGGACCCCAACGGCAGAGAAGACACAGAUGGCCAGGGAAAAAUUCUUCCAGUCCAGCAAUGUGACUCCCAUUAACCAUCCAACGAACAGCUUGUCUGCUGUGAAUGUGAAGAUGCCUGGUAAACCUGCAACCUCACUGCAGACUGGCAGUGAUAAAGACAAGGCCAGAUCCUUUUUAACACAGAAACUGCCAUUGGAGGGAAACAAUAAUAACAACAACCAUACGCCAUUAGCACCUGCAAGCUCUGGAGUGGUCAAAUCAACCGAGUCACAGUUCACCAGCAGAUUUGAUGUCUCCAGUUGGAAAAAAGGCAACAAAAGCUCAGCACUGGUUUCUGCUUAUGAACCUUCGAAUCCAGUUCAGAAAAAUGUAUUGGUACCAGCAGGGCUCAGGACAUCGUCGCUGAAGAUCAGCGGGUCUUCUGGACUUGAUCCUUCCAAGAAAGGUGCUGCUCUGCCAUUAAGCACCAAAGAUUCUCUUUUGAACACUGAUACCAACACAACAGAAUCUCCAGCAGAUUGGAGAUCCAAACUGAAACAUGUGUCAAAGGGACCCGGUAUCAGCCAGUAUACAGAGGUUAAAGACAAACCAUCUACUUCAUUCACUUCUGAAGUUAAGGUAGACAUUCCCUCUAAACGGAGACCUGCAUCUGUGGAUGUCUCAUUGGCCAGUGCUGGAUCUGUGCCUUCUACUCCCAACACUGAUUAUAAUAAAGUUCAAUCUUCACCCAAGCAGACCAGCAAUGGGACUGGUACCAACAUGAACAGAGAUGUGGAUUUCUCAAAGAGUCCAUCUGAUAAGGACAUCUCCAGCCCUGAAGCGACUUCAGCAAAGUCCCAGCUGGGCUACAUCCCCGAGGAGGAGAUCCAGGAGGAGUUGAAAGGUAUCGAGGCUCAGGUGAAUGAACUGGAGAAGAAGGGGGUGGAGAUGGAGAAGGAGCUGCGCAGCUGUGAGGGAGAUGAAAGUGAAGAUGUUUUGAUGGUGGACUGGUUCAAGUUGAUCCGACAAAAACAACUGCUGAUGAGAAGAGAAUCAGAGCUGGUUUACAUAUCAAAGACGCAGGAUCUGGAGAACCAGCAGCCUGGUGUGGAGGGGGAGCUGAGGAGGCUGAUGGAGAAACCAGAACACCUGAAGACCGAGGCAGACCGAAAACGGGAAGAGGAGCUGAUGUUGAAGCUUGUAGACAUUGUUAAUAAUAGAAAUGCCAUCAUUGAUGGUCUGGAUGAAGACAGACUCAGGGAAGAGGAGGAAGACCAAGAGAUGAACGAAAUGAUGCAAAGAUUUGAAAUAAAGAAAGGCACCAUUGGAAAAAAGAAAUCCUCUCCGAUUGCCAAAUUCUUUAGGCGGAAAAGUAAACGCAACUCUGAGGAAACCGUAAAGAACUAAAGCCUAGGGGAACUCUUCACUCCAGUGUGAUACUCCACUUUUCACAAGCAUUCUCCUACUGAAAGCAGCCAUAGAGAGGUGAUACAUCAGUUUUUGUGUUCCUGAAAUAUCAGGUCUGAAAAUAAAUGUACAAAAAGAGGUGUACAGUACCAGAUUCUAGCCACAGCUCGCGUGUGUGAAUGGUUGAAAAGUGUGUUUGCUGUCAGUAAGCCAAAAUCUCUGGGUUUAGUCUAAUCGCUGACCAAAAAAUUAAUUAAAUCCAUACGUGAUAGUUAUUGUUACUGAACUGUAUGAUUCAGAAUGCAGUCAUAAAUGUGUUUUAAAUUUAUUAAAAGUAAUUUACUUUGUCAAACUUUGGGUGCUACAGUUUAAGACCAAAAAAAACCAAAAAGUGACCUGUAUACGUUUGCCUUUAAGACUUUGCAACAGAUGGGUUACGUGCAGUUCUGUAAUUCUGUCCAGAAAUAGCACUAAGCUACUGAAAAGCCAGAAGAUGGCAGUGUAACAGCUAAUAAGAAAUGUUCCUAAACCCAUGAAAUCGGGUUACAGUGUGUGUGUGUGUGUGUACAGUGCCUAUAGAAAGUCUACACCCCCUUGAACUUUUUUCACAUUUUGUUGUGU